CGCAGAGCGCCGAGCCCGCGCCCUGGGCCUGCGGCUGCGGCGAUGAAGAUCUGGAGCUCGGAGCACGUGUUCGGCCAUCCUUGGGACACCGUGAUCAAGGCGGCCAUGAGGAAGUACCCUAACCCGAUGAACCCAUGCGUGGUGGGAGUGGAUGUGCUGGAGCGCAGUGUGGAUGGCUGUGGGCGCCUGCACAGUCUGCGCCUGCUCAGCACAGAAUGGGGGCUGCCUGGCCUCGUGCGUGCGAUUUUGGGAGCCAACAGGACCUUGACGUACAUCAAAGAGCGCUCUGUCGUGGAUCCGGCUGCCAGGAAAAUGGAGCUGUGUUCCACCAAUAUCACUCUCACAAAUCUGGUGUCAGUGAAUGAGAGGCUGGUGUACACACCUCAUCCAGAGAACCCUGAAAAGACUGUGCUCACUCAGGAAGCCGUCAUCACUGUGAAGGGGAUCAGCUUGGGGAGCUACCUGGAAAGUCUCAUGGCCACCACGAUAUCCUCCAAUGCAAAGAAGGGGUGGGCUGCCAUUGAGUGGAUAAUUGAACAUUCCGAGAGCGCCAUAAGCUAACAGAUGUCUCACCAAAAAGAGUCAAAGAGGAAGGAAAGAAGGAAGUACAGACGAAUAAAGAAGACGAGAGGCAAGUGUGGAUGUGGCUCCCGUCAAGUCUGGAAGAGGUAUCUGCUGGAAUCUUCCCUGUCCACGAUAACCUCCCAGUGCAGCA